AUAAAGGCUCCAUUCUACCUCUUUCCUGUCCAGCUCCCAUACAUACCCACCACUCUUCUACAGCUUCAAAAUGGUCGUCGGCUCUGUUCUCGUCACUGGUGGCACGGGCUACAUUGGCUCCUUUACAGCACUCGCGCUCCUCGAGGCCGACUACAAGGUCGUCAUUGUCGACAAUCUCUACAACUCCAACCGCGAGGUCCUCAACCGCAUCGAGCUCAUCUGCGGCAAGCGACCCGACUUUUACGAGGUCGACAUCCAAGACGAGGCUGCCCUCGACAAGGUCUUCAAGGAGCACCCAGACAUUGACAAUGUCAUCCACUUCGCCGCCCUCAAGGCCGUCGGCGAGUCUGGCGAGAUCCCUCUCACAUACUACCGCGUCAACGUCGGGGGCUCCAUCUCGCUGCUCUCCGCCAUGACCAAGAACUCGGUCACAAACAUCGUCUUCUCCUCGUCGGCCACCGUCUACGGCGACGCCACACGCGUGCCCGACAUGAUCCCCAUCCCCGAACACUGCCCCAUCGGCCCCACAAACACAUACGGUCGCACAAAAUCCACCGUCGAGAGCGUCAUCACGGACCAGAUCGAGGCGCAGCGCAACAAGGCCGCCAAGGAGGGCAAGCCCGAGGAAGGCAAGAAGUGGAACGCCGCGCUGCUGCGCUACUUCAACCCCGCCGGCGCGCACCCCAGCGGCAUCAUGGGCGAGAACCCGCUCGGCGUGCCCUACAACCUGCUCCCGCUCCUCGCACAAGUCGCCAUCGGCAAGCGCGAGAAGCUCCUCGUCUUCGGCGAGGACUACGACUCCAAGGACGGCACCGCUAUCCGCGACUACAUCCACGUCCUCGACCUCGCCAAGGGCCAUCUGCAGGCGCUCAACUACCUGCGCGAGCAGCAGCCUGGUGUCCGCGCGUGGAACCUGGGCACGGGCAAGGGGUCCACGGUGUUUGAAAUGAUCAAGGCUUUCAGCCACGUCGUUGGGCGCGAGCUACCAUACGAGGUCGCGCCUAGGCGACAGGGUGACGUGCUGAACCUCACAGCCCAGGCAAAGCGCGCCGGUGAAGAAUUGGGCUUCAAGACUGAGUUUACGCUCGAGGAUGCGUGCGCGGAUCUGUGGAAGUGGACCGAGAACAACCCAGAGGGGUACGAGCAGCAGCCACCCAAGGCGUUUGUCGAGGCGCUGAAGAAGAAAGCUUGAAUGGAGUGACGAAGAUGAUUAGGUUUACGUAUCUCGGGUCAGGCGGUGUAUAUAACAUAAAUAUCACGAG